AUGGCAACCCCCCCCUAUGUCAAACUUGGGGAAGUCUCCCUCGAACGGAUCACAAGCCUCCUCCUUGGCCUCCUUGGCCAAGUUGAGCAUCUUGAGCGGAAAGUGGAAGAAGUCCAAGAAGCAGGGGUUGAGGCCCGCACCAAUCUUGAGAACAUCUCUCAAGCCGUCAAUACUGUCAAGGAUGGGCUUAGAAGCCUCCAACUUCACGGGCCCCGGACCCCAGAAGAUACAAAACCCCCGGCCGUGGAAGCAACGCCACGCCCCUUUUCAAAAGCCAACCCUAUUGGAUUGACUAGUUGGGUCUCAUUCUGGCCCAAACCAUCCAAGGGGCUCCCCGCCUUUGCCCAACCCACUCCUGUCCAAGCAGUGCCCCCGCGAGUCCCAUCUCCCCCUACAUCUCCGCGUCUCCAAUCCCCGAUUGGAGCACCUGCCCCUCUCCCUCUGGCUCCAGCAGCCCACUACCCCGCUCCGGUCAAGGUUGACCACCCCAAUGCCUACACAGGCAAAAUAGGAAGCAAGGCAAAGCAGUGGCUGACCAGGAUGCUGGCCUGGACCCGCCUUAACUUGCGGAUGUUCCCAACCGAUCAGGAGGUUCUAUCCUUCCUCCUGAUGAACAUGAAGGACUCCACCAGGGCAUGGGCCCAUCCACACCUUGACCAGCUUGGAUCACACUGGGCUAUCAUUCAAACGGUCGAGGGCUUCAAAAUGGAAUUCCUGGCAGCAUUUGGCAACCCUGACGCCACAAGGGCCGCUGAGCGGAAAAUCACCACCCUCACCCAGUCCGGCACUUGCGCAGACUAUAUCACAAAGUUCAGGACCUUGGCCAUGGAACUGGACUGGAAUGACGCGGCCCUUUGA